UGUCCCCAUCGCGUCAUCCUCACACCACAUAUACGUACACCCACGUGUAUCUCUAUAUAAACGAUGCCCAUCUUUGACGACUAUAAUUAGGUUUUCUUUGUCACCAACAAUCACAUACGCAACAAUAACAUUGCUAAUUUACACAAUAGGUUAAUCGGUGGGUGGGGGGUCUCUUCUCAUCUUUCUCCAAUAUCACAAGCUCUGGAGUUAGGCCUUUGCCCUCCUGUGGCUACCCUAAGGUUAUGCCGUUUACCCUACAGUUUGAGAAGGUUUUAAUUUCCUCUGAGACAUGGAGCAAACAUGCCCUUGGCGUAAUGCAAGUUUGUUAUGAGAUAGGUGUUGGAUCUUUAGUCAACAUUGACAAUGCACUUCCGAUACAAUUUUGCAACAGAAUCCAUAGGGGUAAAAAAGUCAUCAUCAAGAUUUCUUUUUGGGUGCUUCUAGCAGUUGCAUACCCAAAAAUGGAAAGGUACAAGGUAAUCAAGGAAGUUGGUAAUGGAUCUUUUGGGGUUGUUUGGAGGGCGUUGAAUAAACAAAAUGGUGAAGUGGUUGCGAUUAAAAAAAUGAAGAGGAAGUAUUAUUCAUGGGAAGAAUGCAUAAAUCUGAGAGAAGUAAAGUCACUUCGUAAAAUGAAUCAUCCAAAUAUUGUGAAGCUGAAGGAAGUGAUCAGAGAAAAUGACAUCUUAUACUUUGUGUUUGAGUACAUGGAAUGCAGUCUUUAUCAACUUAUGAAAGAUAGACUGAAGCUUUUUUCAGAAACUGAUAUUAGAAAUUGGUGCUUCCAAGUUUUUCAAGGUCUUGCUUAUAUGCAUCAACGUGGUUUCUUCCAUCGUGAUCUUAAGCCUGAAAACUUUCUUGUUUCUAAGGAUGUAAUAAAGAUAGCUGAUUUUGGUCUUGCUCGUGAGAUUGUCUCCCAACCACCAUACACCGAGUAUGUUUCAACCCGCUGGUAUCGUGCCCCUGAGGUUCUUCUUCAGUCACCAACAUAUGGUUCCGCAGUUGAUAUGUGGGCAAUGGGAGCAAUCAUGGCUGAACUAUUUACUCUCAGACCACUUUUCCCAGGUUCAAGUGAAGCAGAUGAAAUUUAUAAAAUUUGCAAAGUGAUAGGAAGCCCAACAGAAAGCUCAUGGGCUGAAGGACUUGAGCUUGCAACUACUGUCAAUUAUCAAUUUCCAGAGCUUGCAGGCGUAAAUCUCUCUGCACUCGUACCAUCUGCAAGCAAAGAUGGAGUCAAUCUGAUUGCAUCACUAUGUUCUUGGGAUCCAUGUAAGAGGCCAACAGCCAUGGAAGCUCUUCAACAUCCUUUCUUUCAGAGUUGUUACUAUGUUCCACCUUCUCUUCGCCCUAAAUCUACCAUUGUUAAAACACCUCCAUCUGCUGGCUUAACUACAAAAAGAGCUGUGGAACAGAAAUGUGCCAAGAAAUAUCCUUUACCCAAUUCAAAGCCAAAUAUUACUCCAUCUGCCAAAAUGCAUGCAUCUCUAAAAUCAGGUGUCCAACGAAGAUUGGAAUUGAAUAGACAAGAUGGAGUAAAUGAAAAGACAAAUAAGAUCUCAUCUUCCACCAAGCAACAACCAAAAUAUCAGCCACCCAUUAAAAACAAUAUUAAUAAUCCAAGAGGGGUAUAUAUGGGAAAAGAAAGAGUUGGUGAAACAGGUGAAAAAUUUGGAAAUAUGACGAUUGGAAGUGGAAGAGGGAGACCUUCACCACCACCAAUGAAGGCUGGAAUGGCAAAUGGUAGAUCCGAUUUGUUUUCUGGAAGAUCACAGGGGUAUAGUAGCAAGGUGGCAGGAUAGCUAUAUUGACAUAUUUACCCCUUUGGUUUAUGAGAAAGGUCUUGUAAUGUGUUUGGGGUUCAAAGGUCAACUCCGGAAAUAAGUGGUUUGGUUUUUAUGUUUUAUAACUGUCGUGUCUCAUAUCAUGGUUGUGUUUUUUCUAUAUGGUAAAAUCUGAAAUUAUGUUUGAAUAUGGUUUCAAAACAAGAGAAUUUAAAGGUUUAGAAAGGUAUUAUAUGAAGGUAAUAAUAAUUAAUCUUCACUCUUUACUAAAUAAGUGAAGAAAGAGAUUUUAUAUGUUAGUCUACAUUUCCUCC